AGGCAGAGCCGAGAGGGAAGGAGAGACAAGUUCUCUUGAGCUUACGUCUGGCCACACACAGCACUCUGAGCCGAGAGGGAAGGAGAGACAAGUUCUCUUGAGCUUACGUCUGACCACACACAGCACUCUGAGCCGAGAGGGAACCUUGACAGGGCAUGGAAGCAGAUCUGAAGCGCAUAGGAGGAUGGUGUCUAGUGUUGCUGGCAGCAAUGCUCUUACAUGCAGGUGUGUCCCAUUGCAUGGUGGUGACGUCCACAGGGCCUCAGACCAUCAAGAAAUCUCAGGGGGAGAGUGUGAGUCUGGGGUGCACCUACAGCCCAAGCCCCUCUGACACCGGAGCGCUGGACAUCGAGUGGUCCAUCAUCAGCCCUGACAUGACCCAGAAGGACAAGCUGAUCCUCUCCUACUCCGGCGGGCAGGAGUAUCGCCUGGGCGACCCCGCCCUGAUGAAGCGGCUGCGCUUUGUGGGGGUCCCCGGUAACGGCGACGCCACCAUCGAGAUCACGUCCCUACUGGUUUCCGACACAGCCACCUACCAGUGCAAGGUCAAGAAGACGCCGGGGGUCGACUCUCGAAAGGUCACAGUGGUGGUGCUCGUGCGUCCCUCUGUGCCCACGUGCUGGGUGGAGGACGGUGAAGAGAAGGGGGCCUCCGUGUCGCUGCGCUGCAAGUCAGCCAGCGGCUCCACACCCCUCACCUACACCUGGAGAAGAGAAGAGGGAGGCAGCCUACCUCCCACAGCCAGCAUCAACACCCAGACUGGGGAACUCCUCAUCAGGAACCACUCCGAGAGCUACAUUGGCCGCUACGCGUGCCAGGUGAAGAACGAAGUGGGAACCGAGCAGUGCACAUACACCCUACGGGCCUACAACCCUGUGAAUAAAGCCGGGGUGAUUGCUGGAGCUGUGAUUGGUGCUCUGCUGCUCUUGCUCCUCCUCCUGCUCCUCAUCUGGCUCCUGAUUUGUUGCUGCAACAAGCGACGCUAUGAGAAAGAGGUGGCUAAUGAGAUCAGGGAGGACGUCACCGCCCCAGAAAGCCGACCGGCCAGUCGUGUGUCGAGCAUGCGCUCCAUCAUGGGCUACCACACCCACUCUGGCAUCAUGUACAGCUCCGUGAGGCAGGGCGCCCCCCAGAGGGCUCCAUCUAGCCGGCACACCGCCUCCCUCCAGCAGCAUGUACAACCAGGCUCAACAGUCGCUAUGGAUACCCAGUCUAACUACCAGCAUGUACAAGCCCGCGCUCAAAUACAACAGUCGCUAUGGAUACCCAGUCUAACCACCAGCAUCUACAAGCCCCAGCUCAAAUACAACAGUCGCUAUGGAUACCCAGUCUAACCAACGUAUAAGGUAUCUACAACCCCCCAUUCAAAUACGACAUUGGUACGAACAAUCUGCUAACUCAGGCUGAGCUGUGAGUGGCUCGGCUCUAUCAUGGUAUCUGGUUCGGCUCUCAAGCCCAUCUCAACUCUAAAGGAAGCUCCCUGAGUACUGUACUGUAUGUUAUUAUAUUUUACUCUGAAGUUUUAAAAUGCAUCUUACUUUUGCACAAGGUUUUUACAUAACUUGAUGUUUAUAACUUGCACUUUGAAAGUGAAUUGUCUUUCAUGUAUAUUUUCUACACAAUAAACUUCUUGUUCUUUUGUAGUAA